AUGGCAGCUCAGGACUUGGUGGUGCUGCCGUUGCCCGACGCCACUGCGGACAAAGUGGAGAAGCUGGCGAAGGUGCUUACGAAGCGCGUGAAGGAGAACGUUGCUAAAGCGGGAGUACGACCGGACCGAGUGACUGUGGAGGUGGCGGUGAACGGGGAAGGCGCCUGUCGCCAUUUUGGUGCGAUCGACGGUCUGUGUGAUAUGGAAGCGUCUAUUCCGUACAACUUUAUCCAGCCCGUCCUUGACAACGUCCUGAGCUUCAAAUUGGACAAGAAGCAUGAAAUAUAUUUGGCUUCCUCGAAGGCGAUCAAGAACUUCGAUGGGAACAGGGUGGAAGAGGAACUCGAAGUAUUGACAGCCAAGAAGCCCGGACUGAACCUGAAUACCUACGACAAGGCUCUGCGCGGGGACUUGUGGAACUGGUUCCAGAGUUCUGGUGAUGAGAUGUUUGUACUUAGACAUAAAGAUGAAACCGAGAUUCUACGAUUGGAUUCCGCCACUAUGGAACCCCACUUAGUAAAUCAUGGCGAAGCCGCGGCCGCAGAGCGUAAGGCCCUGGGUGCUGCCAUUGAAGGCAACCUACCGGCCUGGACCAACAGGAAGGCUUUCUGGUCUCCUCAAGGCACCUUUCUGGUCACUACUCACACGCAGGGAGUCCGACUUUGGGGCGGAGAGAACUUCCACUCGGUCGCCCGCUUGCGUCAUAAGGACGUUGAGACCGGAAUUUUCUCCCGGAACGAAGAGUACCUGGCGACCUGGGAUGGCGUCUUCGGGAAUGACAAAGUAUAUGUUCAUUCCGUCGUUACUUGCGAGACAAUUGCCAAGCUGGCAACACCUAAACAGAAUCCUGACGAACCAAUGCAGUGGCCUCUGCUGUGUUGGUCUCACAACUCCCAGUACUUUGCCAUUGCCUGUGACGAUGGAAUAAAAGUGUACCACAUCGCCAAUGCCAUGGGACCUGUCGUGGAGGUCUCCUACGCGGAUCCAGUGGCCGGCAAAAUUCCGUACUAUCCUGCGCCUGGCGCCACCUUCUCGUGGCAGCCUAAUUCGCGCGUAGGAGACCCCGCUGUCCUCGCUGUCUGGACCGCAAAACCGAGAGAAGUCGCCCCCAGCCGACUUACGCUGUUUGAGAUCCCAACCUUCAAGGUCUUGGCUACUCGCAACAUAUUCAGCAUUGACGGCAUCGCCAGAAUCUACUGGAGCCACCACGGAGAGUACUGUGCCCUCGUUACCCAAAUCCAGGCGAAAGCCGUCAUGGGGCAAAAGCGGGCCGUCCACUCCCAGUUGGAUGUCUUUACGAUGAAGGCAUUCAGGGGUUCUCUGCCCGUGAGCUCGGUCAGCAUUCCUCACGAAAUCAUGACCGUGUCGUGGAGUGAGUCUCGCGACCGACUGGGUAUCCUCUCAAUGAAUAAAGAAGUGAUCUUCUAUGCAGUCACCAAAAAGGGUCUUGAGCAAUGCGGAGCGCCGCUGGAUGUUCCCCGGGAGAUCAAUACCAUCUCCUGGUCGCCCCUCGGAACACAUUUUGUCUUGUCGGCUUGCUCAGUUGAGGACAGCGCUGGCACUCUGUGGUUCGGUGUGUGCUCUGACGUGUCUAACCCGACGGGGUCUUGGCAGUCCGGAUCAGGGGCUCGUCUCAUACCGGGAGUUGGGCUAUCGGGUAGGGGAAUGGCAGCGAACUCUGCGACCCGAUCUAUCCCGGGCGCUCCCUCCGGGAUAAAGACAGCAGGAGGAUCCUCUGGUACCGCUAAAGAUGUCGCUGGCUCUAGCAAGUUGUUUACUCCGGAAAUUUUGUUCAAAGGUGAACAGAUGAAGUUGCAGCACGUGGAGUGGGACCCCAGCGGUCGCUACGUGUCGACAAGUGUUUCAUCUCCUGUCGGCUCCAAGUCCGGUUACAAGAUUGACGAGAUCGCCGGUUACACUCUUUGGUCAUGUCAAGGAAAAGCCAUCUACAACGCAAGUGUUGAAGGGCUUCACCGAUUCCAAUGGCGACCGCAUCCGUUUGUCCACAUGCCAGAGUCCGUGCGAGAGUCAGUCAAAGAUUCGUUUGGCCAAUACACAAAGACCUUCGAAGCGCAGGACAGCAAGCGGAAGACCGAGAGACGAGAACUAGUAAUGAAGUGCCGCAGGCAACAGAAGGACGCCUUUGAGCGGCUCGUGGCGGAGGCUCGAGAAAGCUGCAAGGCGCUUGAAGGGGCGUCCGAAUGGGAACAGAUGGAAAGAGAUUAUCAACAGUCCAGGAAUCUAGUGAAGCACGUACAGGAAAAUCUGCAUGAGAUAUCUGUGAUCGUGAAACCGGCGCUCAUUCCAACGAAUUGA